AUGGAGGAUUCUAUUGUUUCUGAAAGGCCCGAAGAUGAAUCAGAGAUACUGUUUUUGGAGGAAGAGGAAAGUCUACCAGGGUACAUCUGGACUCAGGAAGAACACACGAAAGAUGAUGAAUUUCCAUAUGGAGACACAGCAGACAAUCUCCAGGAUGACGAUGUCCUUGAUGAAAUAAAUGACAGUUUUUAUUCUGACUCUGACUGGUCCAGUGAACAGCACACAGAUCGAUAUGAGAUAGUUAAAGGUUCCAGCUAUCUCGAUAAGGUUCAGAUGUUCCGACUUCGCAAAAAACUGGACCAGCUGGACAGUUUCCAACAGGAUAAGGAAUUAAUGCUUCAGAAAAUCAGGGAGGAGCUCAGAGCAUGCCAAGAGAAGAUUGAUUCAUUGGAGCAACAGAGAUCUAAUGUGGAAAUGGAGAUUCAGAAGGAACAACAGGCUAAUAACAUGGCUGCUGUGUUCCGUCUUCAGGCACUCCACAAGAGACUGAGCAGUGAGCUAAUCAACGAGGAAGACGUGGAGUCAAAGAUUGCCACCAUGCUGAAAGAUAAUGAGUAUGACCUCUGGCAUAUUGAAGUGGAGCAGGGAAAAUUUCAGGAUGUUCGUGAAAGGCUUGAACAGGAUGAAGAAGAAGACCUGAACAGACAGAACAAGGACUUGUCAGACCAGAGGGCUCGCAGAGAGAAAAUAUCGUUGGCUCAGACUAAGCACAGAAAACAGACAGAAAAACAGCAGGAAAUGAGCAAGAUGAGAGAACGGGAGCAACGGUAUCGUAAAGUGGUUGCAGAUGCCCAGAAGAAUCAUGAAAAAGCUGUUCAGUUCCUGAAGGAAACAAUGACAAGAGUUCGUGAGGAAGAAUCUGAAAAAGAGAAGAAAAGCAGGGAGGAAAUGGAGAAGAGGAUGCAGGCUGUCCUGUCUCUGAAGAAGAAUAUAUCUACAAAUCAGGAAAACUUGCGUGUCAUGGAGUCUCGAAACAAAGCACAGGCAGCCAUCGUGAAGAAGCAAGAGAUGCUGGAAAAAGAGGAGGUACUCGCUAAAGGUGGAGAUUUUACAAAGUAUAUUAUCCAUCAAAAGCGACUUCAGGAGUUUGAGAGGAAGAAAAAGGAAUUUGAAGAGUCACAAAAAUUAAGAAAGCAAGAAAUUAUUAGUCGGAUUUUACAAGAGGAAGCCAGCCAAGCGAAACAAAAAAAACAGAGUUCUUCUACAGAAAUGAACAAGAGUCGGGAAAGCAUGAAACUCCGAGCCAAAACCAUGCAAUAUAUUCAGUCAGCCAUUUUAACAGAGCCCAGUGAGGAGCCGGCGGUUACAAAGAAGUGGAGGUCCCCGUCUCCUUUGUCAUCUGAUGAAGAAGAUAACUCCGCCACUCAGGAGCCUUUUGAUGUAGCACAAGAAAUACCUUAUGUUCUAAAAGAGGAAAGUGGGAGCCUUUCUCAGCCAGAGUUCAUGGGACUGUGGAAUCAAGACUACAAGCCCUAUAAGGUGUCAAAAGAAGAAGAUAUUAAGCCUAUAGGAGGCAGUAAAAUGGAGAAGGACAUUAUGGCAGAGUCUUUGAGGAAGCUCCGGAGUGGAAUAGUUGAAAAGCAAGUGGUUUCUGGGCAUGAAUUUAAGGGUUUUCCAUUUUACAGUAAACCAAAGAUUAUUCAUUUUAAGGACCUUGAUGUUGGUAAGACAUAUAAGAAAAAAGUCACAUUGACAAAC